AUGGCAUGGGGAGCGCCACCUCAACCUGCGGCCCCAACAGCCCCUGCGCCCAUGACAGCUAACAAUGCUAUCUUUCUAAUUCUGUUCGGGAUGUUCCUCAUGGCAACGCUAUUACCCGUUCUUGUGGCCACACUCUUCCGUUUUGUCGCUCUCGUGACUGUUAUCCUCUUAGCCGCUGCAGUCACCAACCCAUCGGACCAUUCCUUCGCUCUAUGGAUCAGUCAGCAGACAGAGCCAUCAGAUCUCGUGCCGGACACGUCGCUGGGCGUGUCCAAGUGGUUCUCAGCCAUGUACCAGACAGCUAAAUCUCUAGUUCGCAAUGAGCCACUAACCUGGCGUUUCCACAACGCACUGGUCUUCAGUGUCGUCCAUGUUCCGUCGAGAGAACGUUACGCCUUUGGCAUCUUCGGGACAUGGCGCUGGGCUGACGAAUCUGGGGAUUACAUCAAGGCUCUUUGUCGAGCGCCGUGGGUGCUGAAGAUCUCGAGAGGAGGAACCAUGUCGGGUAUUGACAAGUACCUUGUGAACGGGUCAGGAUCCGGAACUGAGUCAGGAUCCGGAUCACUCAGACGGAGACGAGUACCCGAGUCUACAGGGUUCAAAGAGGUGGAGACAGAGUCGCAUCGGGAGAUCAGAGCCAAGGCCUUACAGUGCAAAGUGAGGAAGGACUGGAAGAAAGCAGCGGCGUUCUUCUUAGAGGCUGCUAAGGCGGCUAGUACAGUGGUGAUUCGAGGGAACUAUGAGCUGGAAGCAGCAUGGUGCACAUUGGAGGAAGUGGAUACGUACCCGGCAGAACAGAGUGAGCUAGUGAAAAAGAUUCGCGCCGUAUGCGAUGAAUUGGCGUCGGCUGGAUACUUUGAUGAAGCUGCACGUGGACUGUCCGAGUUGGCGUUGAGGCUGAAGCGUAGAUUUCCAGCGGAUUGCAAGGCCACAGCGUUGGCGAAGCAGGUGGCGGAGUUGUAUGUACAGGCGAAGAAUAUUGCGGAGGCUGGCGGCAGUGUGCACAGCGCUGCAGAGUAUGGACUAUGGGCUGCGCGUGCAUAUGCCGAAGCGAGCUUGUGGUCGCUUGCCGAGGGUUGCUUCGAAGCAGUUGGUGAUAUUCGACGCGGCAAUGGACAGUACGAUCUCGCGAACGAAGCGUAUGGCAAUGCUGUUCUCUGUCGUCUCGGUCAGCUUGAUAUCGCCGGGGCGGAGGAGAUGCUCAACCGAUUCACAGAGCACAUGGGCGAAAGCCACCGAUCGAGUGAUAUGGACUUUUUCCUGUCAAGCUUGCUGAAGGCGUGCAACAAGUGGUCUCCACAGAUUCUCGAGACGGCGUCGAAGCGCUACGAUUCGUCGCAUCGACUCGCGCCGUGGCAGCGUAAAUGCCUAGCUAAUUUGGAGGAAAAGAUGAACAACGCUGACUUGCGGUAA